AUGAACAGAAUAUUCGGCAUGGGCAAGGCCAAGGCGCCCAAGCCCACACUGGACGACGCAAUUUCGUCGACCGACGGACGCGUCAGCGCCGUCGAAGCCAAGAUGAAGAAGCUUGAGGGCGAGCUCGCACGGUACCGCGACCAGCUGAGCAAGAUGCGCGAAGGCCCAGGAAAGAACACAGUCAAACAGCGUGCACUCCGCGUGCUGCAGCAAAAGAAGAUGUACGAGGGUCAGCGGGACCAGCUUAUGCAGCAAUCGUUCAACAUGGAGUCGGCGGUAUUUGCGACGGAGAACAUUAAAAACACAAUGUCGACCAUGCAGGCCAUGCAGGACGCCAACAAGGCGAUGAAGAAGCAGUACAAGAACGUUGACAUUGACAAAAUCUACGAUAUGCAGGACGAGAUGGCCGACCUGCUUGAGCAGGCGAAUGAGGUGCAGGAGCUGAUGGGCCGGAGCUACAAUUUGCCCGACGAUAUUGAUGAGAAUGACUUGGAGGCUGAGCUGGAUGCGCUGGGCGAUGAGUUUGAUUUUCAGGAGGAGGUGCCGUCGUAUUUGAAUGACGCCAUGCCGCCGAUGCCCGAGCUGCUGCCGGAGGCGCCGAACGUCAACGUGAAUCAGCCCGUCCCGGGCGACAGCAGGUCCGCUGAGAACUUCCGCGCCGAGCCAGCUCUAAGAAUGUGA